CGCCAGGAGCCGCCUGGCCAGCUCCGCCCCUUCCUCUCCCGGGCUGUGGCCACGCGCGGCGGUUCCGCUUGCUUCUCCUCUGGCCGCCCGGUGGCCCUCCCGCCAUUGUAGGAGGCCGCGCCCUGCCCUGCAGAUCUCGAGACAGCGAGCCAACGGGGCGGCGGCGGCGGCGGCGGCGAGCUCGGCUGGUGCCUGAGGCGUGCGAAGCGGCCUGGAGGGCUGCGGGAGCUCUUGGCAGAAGUGCAUUGACUAGCCAUUAAGUAUCAUGUCUGACAACGGAGAACUCGAAGAUAAGCCACCAGCUCCACCUGUUCGGAUGAGCAGCACUAUCUUCAGUUCAGGAGGGAAAGAUCCCUUAUCUGCUAAUCAUAGCUUGAAACCCCUGCCCUCUGUUCCAGAAGAGAAAAAGCCUAGGAACAAAAUCAUCUCUAUUUUCUCUGGCACUGAAAAAGGGAGUAGGAAAAAGGAAAAAGAAAGGCCUGAAAUCUCUCCCCCAUCAGACUUUGAACAUACCAUUCAUGUUGGCUUUGAUGCAGUUACAGGAGAAUUCACUGGAAUGCCAGAGCAGUGGGCUCGGCUGCUACAGACGUCAAAUAUCACCAAGCUAGAACAGAAGAAGAAUCCUCAGGCUGUCCUUGAUGUGCUGAAGUUCUAUGAUUCUAAAGACACAGCAAGACAGAAAUAUUUGAGUUUUUCUGCUACAGACAAAGAUGGAUUCCCCUCAGGAGCACCAGCACCCAAUGCAAAAGGGUCAGAGCCUGCAGCGCCUGAAGAGGAAGAUGAUGAUGAAGUGGCUCCUCCGGUUAUUGCCCCACGACCAGAUCAUACAAAAUCAAUUUAUACGCGAUCCGUAAUAGAUCCCAUCCCAGCACCUUCUGGUGACACAGGUGACACAGUUGCUAAAUCGGCAGAUAAGCAGAAAAAGAAAGUUAAGAUGUCAGAUGAAGAAAUCACGGAAAAGCUGCGAACUAUUGUGAGUAUAGGAGAUCCCAAGAAAAAAUAUACGAGAUACGAAAAAAUAGGACAGGGGGCUUCGGGUACAGUUUUCAUUGCCAUUGAUGUAGCAACAGGACAGGAGGUUGCUAUUAAACAGAUAAAUCUUCAGAAACAACCGAAGAAGGAGUUAAUUAUCAAUGAGAUCCUGGUAAUGAAAGAGUUGAAGAACCCAAACAUAGUCAACUUUUUGGACAGUUUCCUAAUGGAAGAUGAAUUGUUUGUCAUAAUGGAAUAUCUGGCUGGUGGAUCCCUCACAGAUGUCGUUACGGAGACUUGCAUGGAUGAGGCACAGAUUGCCGCUGUCUGUCGAGAGUGUUUGCAGGCAUUGGAAUUCCUACAUGCCAAUCAGGUUAUCCACAGAGAUAUUAAAAGUGACAACGUCCUAUUGGGAAUGGAUGGAUCAGUUAAACUGACUGAUUUUGGUUUCUGUGCACAGAUUACUCCAGAACAGAGCAAACGUAGUACUAUGGUUGGAACACCUUAUUGGAUGGCUCCUGAAGUGGUCACACGAAAGGCCUAUGGCCCCAAAGUGGAUAUCUGGUCCCUGGGUAUCAUGGCUAUUGAAAUGGUUGAAGGCGAACCCCCAUAUCUCAAUGAAAACCCUUUGAGGGCAUUAUAUUUAAUAGCAACAAACGGCACUCCAGAGUUGCAGAACCCAGAGAAAUUGUCCCCAAUAUUUCGUGACUUUCUAAAUAGUUGUUUGGAAAUGGAUGUAGAGAAAAGAGGGUCAGCCAAAGAACUGUUACAGCAUCCUUUCCUGAAACUGGCCAAACCUUUGUCAAGCUUGACGCCGUUGAUCCUAGCAGCCAAAGAAGCAAUGAAGAGUAACCGUUAGCAUUGCUGCUGUGGCCUUCAUCAUUUUUUUUUAUUUUUGUUUUUUGUUUUUAAAGUUUUUCAUAAUAUAUAAAUUGUUGCUCUUGUUAGGGAGGUUGAAAGUCUGCAAAAGGGAAAAAAAAGAUCUCUCACCUGGAAGACACAAGAGAAGAAAAAAUGGUGGUGGUAGUAGUGAACUCUUCUGGAAGAAGUUGUGAACUGAAUCACUGGCCUUUUCACCACUUUUGCAGACAACUCAUAUGUAUUUUGCUAUGCCUGGGAGGUGUUUUUUAUGACUUUGCUGUACCAGAUCCCAUUCAUUGUGCUCUGUUGGGCACUUUCAAUACUUGAACAACAGAUUCAAGCUUUUGGAGGGAGGCAUUACCUUGAUCGGCUGACCUUCCCCCCUCUCCCUUACAUUUGUCAGUCAUUCAAAAUAUUGCAACCUCUGAGUUACUAAAAGGCAGAUAUGGUAGAAAUGUGAAAAUUCCUCUUAUUCACCUAUCUCUUAGCAUACAAUUUAGCUAUAACUGUAUUGUAGCAUUAACCACCCAGCCACCAAGGAACUGUAAUUUUUUCCCAAUGACUGUUCUUAAAGACAGAAGAACAUGAGUAGAGGGGAAGAAGAAGGUUCAGCAACGUCUGAUACAGAAUUUUGUUGCAUGGACUUUUUAACAUAAGGGAAUGAUGCCUCUGAAUUUAGGAGAUUGAAUACAUGUGGGGAAGAGGAAAAAAGUGUUGCUUUUCUUUUCUUGGUUAAUGCUCAAACCAUCCCUUGGGCUUGGGGAGAGAACUCCAUCCCUGUGACUUGUCUUCCAUUCCUUCCUUGCCUGUGUAGGCUUGUUGGUAACAUUUUAAAGGGAUGUCUUGAAAGUGUGUGGUUUUAUAGCAAAGUGUUGUAUCCAUGUUCUGACUUGGGCUUUGGGCUUUAUGCUGGUGCCUUCUGAAUUUUUAAAUUGCUCUUCUUUGUCUUAAGUACCUUUUGUAUAUGUUGUACAUUUCCCCUCCAAAGCAACUUUGGAGCUGUCAGGAUUAAGUAUUAGAGCUCUCUUCCUUUUUAUAUGUAUAAAAAUGUAUAUGUUCACCA